AUGACAUCUGUAUCAACGAGACCAAUGGACUUUGAAGAAGAAGCAAGAAAAGCUCGCGAAUGUUAUAUGUAUGGUGAUUAUCAAAAGGGUAUAUCAUUUUAUAAAUCAGCUAUUGAAAAACUUCGACUAUUUUGUCAAACAUUAUCGAACGAAUCGGAAAAGAAACGUGGCAAUGAGUGUAUGGCUGAACUUAAUCGAGAACUUCGAUCAACAGAAGAACAUGAUCGAAUGAUUGAUGACAUCACUGAGAAUUUCCUUAGAAAACCUAGGAAUGGUAGCGAUCGAGCAGCCGGUGGUGAUGUAGAUUAUGAUAUCGAUUUUGGAGUUCCUAUUCAUCAUGCUGCUGUUGACGAACGCCCAACACGGGAUCCUGGUUUCAAUAAUCGAUUUGCACCACAAGCAGCUACUCCCUUUCAACAAGCACCUGCGCGUCCUCAACCAGUAGCUCGCGAUGUACGAUCAGCAAAUAACGAUCCACGAAGAAGAAAUGCUCCGAGCAGUGCUUCUAAUAAUAAACAAAAACAACUGGAUAAUAAACGUGUUAAUAAUCAACCAAAUAACGGAGAAAAAAAAUAUCAACCUGUAGGCGCAGAAAAAGAUCUAGUAGAAGGUCUAGAACGUGAUAUUGUUCAAAAAGAUCCAAAUGUUCGAUGGGCGGAUGUUGCUGGUUGUACAGCUGCAAAAAAAUUAUUGCAAGAAGCUGUUGUACUACCACGUUUUAUGCCAGAUUUUUUCAAAGGCAUUCGUCGUCCAUGGAAGGGAAUUCUUCUAUUUGGUCCACCCGGUACGGGAAAAACUAUGUUAGCUAAAGCAGUAGCAACGGAGUGUAAAACAACAUUUUUCAAUGUCGCGGCUGCAAAUUUAACAUCGAAAUAUCAUGGUGAAGGCGAAAAACUUGUUCGUCUACUAUUUGAAAUGGCUAAAUUCUAUGCACCAUCAACGGUAUUUAUUGAUGAAAUUGAUUCUCUAUGUUCUGCUCGUGGCCAAUCAAAUGAACAUGAAGCUAGUCGACGAGCGAAAUCUGAAUUACUUAUUCAAAUGGAUGGUGUAACCGGUGCUGUUGGAGGUGACGAUGUAUCAAAGAUGGUAAUGGUACUUGGUGCGACUAAUCAUCCUUGGGACCUUGAUGAUGCUAUGCGACGACGUUUAGAGAAACGUAUUUACAUUCCAUUGCCAGACAUGGAAACGCGACAACAAUUACUUCAAAUCAACCUUAAAGAAGUUCAACUCCAUGGUGAUGUCGAUUUGAAUGGUAUUGCACAAAAACUUGAUGGUUAUUCUGGUUCAGAUAUAACCAGUGUUUGCCGAGAUGCAGCUAUGAUGCAAAUGCGUCGUGCAACAGAAAAUUUAAGUAUGACUCAAAUUCAGGAACAAGCACAAGUUUUAAAAGAAAAACUUCAAUUGCCGACAAUAAUGAAAGAUUUUGAAGAUGCUAUUUCGAAAAUUUCCUCAUCAGUGUCAAAAGAUAUGCUCGAAAAAUACGAUAAAUGGAUGAAAGAUUUUGGCUCAGUCUAA